AUGGAAGAUCUGUCUCUGUGGUACUCUUUAUUUUCUACUAAGAAUGCAAAGACAAAUGGAGCAGUCCCAGGAUCCAAUCAUUGGUUUUUGUCACAGAUUUCUUUAGCAAAGAGGAAAGAAGACUUCCUGAAACAAUACAAGUGUAGAAUAAAAAGGAUAAGAAGAUAUGAGAAGCAAUUUGCUAAAAGAUACCUCAAACAUCUUGAAGGUUUAAAGGAGACACUCAUAUAUCAGGCUAUAACUUUUAGGACUAUAGAAAUCUGGGUCACUGCUUCCAUCUUGGUAGACUUUGAAGAUGUGAUCGCUGAGCCAGAGGGAACCCACAGCUUUGAUGGAGUGUGGAAGGCCAGCAACACCACCUUUACCGUCAGCAAGUACUGGUGCUACCGGAUUCUCUCAGGGGUGCUGGGCCUGCCCCUUGCCUUGCUCUGGGGCUUCCUCUUUGCCUGUGUGUCUUUCUGCCACAUCUGGGGGGCUAUGCCUUGCAUCAAGAGCUACUUCAUAGAGGUGCAGUGCUGCGGGCGCUGCUAUGCCUUGUGCAUACGUACCUUCUGCGACCCUCUCUUUGAAGCAGUAGGGAAAGUUUGCAGCGACGUCCGAGUGGCCCUGCGCAAGGAACAUGCAAAGGACUGAGGCCUCUCCUUUGGCUCAGGAACAGGAUUCUGGCUUCGUUUUUCCUCCCCUUGACCCACUCAGAUGGGACAGUAGCUCAGCUGGAAUCCUGAGUCGGUUGACUGAUGGGCGGAAACAAUCUGGCUGAUGGAUCUUCCCCUUGAAUUCCUUGCCCCCAAGAAAUUAAUCCACCUCUUUUUGAUUAAGGUGGGAAAAACAAACAA